AUGCAUUCGCAUUUGCUCCGUCGUUCGGCCCUUCCGGUCUUACGGCGUACCGUUGUCCUCAGCAGAGCAUAUACAACUUCCAGACCGACGGCGACGACGGCGACGACUUCACCAUGCAUCCUCUGCUCUCACCAAUUACAACCUUCUACGACAACUACCACAUCAUCUUCGGUACUUCCAAGGACCCGUCUGCCCCAACGGCGCACUAACACAGCAUGGGCAGCAACCCUCAACAAAGCCUCAGAACUCGUCGCCGAAGCAGCGCCUUCCUUCACACUCAACCCGGCCGCCAUAGUCGCCACCGAAAUGAAGAUGUUAACAAAGAACAUUCAAGACCUCCUAAGUUCCGGCCACCCUUCACUCGACAAAGUUGCAAAAUACUACAUCCGAAGCGAAGGCAAACAUUUAAGACCCCUUGUCGUUUUGUUAAUGGCCAGAGCGACUUAUAAUUGUCCAAAGGCCGAGGAGGCGGAGAGGAGACGGGAUAGUAUAUCGGCUACUAUCAAUGUCCCCAUAACGAGUCCGAAUAUCUUGCAGGAUCAUAAUCCUUCGUAUCCUGAUGUUGAUGGUUCGGUACGACCGAUUGUGGAUAGCCAAGCUCUUGCUAGUGAUGUUGCGACACAGAUCUCGCCGAGUCAGAAGCGGUUGGCUGAGAUUACAGAGAUGAUUCAUGCGGCUUCGUUAUUACAUGACGAUGUGAUCGAUAACGCUGAAGCUAGGAGGGGGAGUCCAUCGGGAAACCUAGCGUUUGGAAACAAAAUGGCUAUAUUGGCAGGCGACUUUUUGCUCGGAAGGGCAUCGGUAGCGCUAGCUAGGUUGAGAGAUGCGGAAGUUGUAGAACUGCUGGCGACCGUUAUUGCGAAUCUCGUGGAAGGCGAGUUUAUGCAAUUGCACAAUGGAACCGAAACGAUAUCCGAGAAAUAUUCACCGGCGGCUUUCGAGUAUUAUAUUCAAAAGACUUAUCUUAAAACCGCAUCGUUGAUAUCGAAGUCUUGUCGUGCGGCGGCGCUGUUGGGUGGAAGUACGAAGGAGGUUGCUGAUGCUGCUUACCUUUAUGGAAAGAACUUGGGGCUUUCGUUUCAGCUUGUGGACGAUCUGUUGGAUUAUACGAUUACAUCGGGAGAGUUGGGGAAGCCGGCGCAGGCGGAUUUGAAGUUGGGAUUGGCGACGGCGCCGGUGUUAUUUGCGUGGGAGCAGUAUGAGGAGCUUGGGCCGAUGAUUAAUAGGAAGUUUUCAGAGGAAGGGGAUGUUGAGAAGGCAUGGGCGAUGGUUCAAUCGAGCAAUGGGUUGGAGCGGACGAGAGAGCUCGCGGAAAGCUUCUCGAGGAAGGCUAUUGAGGCAAUCAGUAUAUUCCCCGACUCGGAAGCGAGGGAAGGGCUAGAGCAGAUCGCCAAGAAGGGACUUACGAGAAAGAAGUAG